AUGACUAAAAAGGAGAAGGAUAGUGAAUCAUUGACACCUUCGACCGAGAAGGUUGAGAAGAAAGAAAAGGAGAAGGUUCAUCAGAAGUUGAAGGCUAAAGUCAAGAAGUUUAGAAAGUCUAAAUCGGUUUCUGGAUCUUCUCCAGAUGACUGUGAUUGUGAGCCAUGCAAGCAGAAUAAAAAGAUGGCGGCUGGUGGACAACCUCAAGGUGCUCAACCGGGACAACCCGAUCAGAAUUUUGAUUACAUGUUCAAGCUUCUGAUAAUCGGAAAUUCAUCGGUCGGAAAGACAUCAUUCCUCUUCCGUUACUGUGAUGAUUCAUUCACUUCUGCAUUCGUCUCCACUGUUGGAAUCGACUUCAAAGUGAAAACAGUCUUUAGAGGAGACAAACGUGUCAAACUUCAAAUCUGGGAUACCGCCGGACAAGAGAGGUACCGUACCAUCACCACCGCCUACUAUCGCGGAGCAAUGGGAUUCAUUUUGAUGUAUGACAUCACCAAUGAGGAAUCAUUCAACAGUGUACAAGAUUGGUGCACUCAAAUCAAAACGUAUUCUUGGGAAAACGCUCAAGUCGUUUUGGUUGGAAACAAAUGUGAUAUGGAUUCGGAGCGAGUUGUUUCAAUGGAUCGAGGACGUCAAUUGGCUGAUCAACUCGGAUUGGAAUUCUUCGAAACAUCGGCCAAAGAGAACAUCAAUGUGAAGGCUGUUUUCGAGAAACUCGUCGAGAUCAUUUGUGAUAAAAUGGCAGAAAGUUUGGAUAAGGAUCCACAACAAGCACCGAAAGGACAAAAACUCGAGGCCAACCCGACUCAAAAGCCAGCUCAACAGCAAUGCAAUUGCUAG